AUGGCCGCUGCACAGAACAGCGACGGCGUUCACCCCGACGCCCAGCUCAGGGACUCGGAGCACAGCGAAUCAAUUCUCCGCAAAUCCUGGCAGGCAAUCCUCUCCCCCUUUUCCCAGUCCGCUCUCGCGUCCCUCCCCAAUGUGCGACGCCCCAGUCGUCAUCUUCGCGCGGACAACAUCCCAGAGACCGAGACCAACGAUGCGAACGAGCGCCCAACCGUCAGAGAUUAUCAUUCUAUAAACACUCUCCCGCCCAAGGUGCGCGUUCCGAAGAAGAUUCCGACUUCAGUCAAGGUUGAGGGCAAAGUCUGGUUUGCGAAUGAACGAACAUGGAUAUCAUGGCUCGGGAUCUCCGUCUUAAUGGCUGCGCUAUCGUUGGGGCUUUUCAACGCUUCAAAAGAUGAUAUCGCACGUCGUUUCGCGUAUUUCUACGCCUUUGUGAGCGUCUGCGUGCUCGUGUAUGGCUACUGCUUGUAUCAACAUCGAAUCACCUUAAUUCGUCGCAGAGACCCUGGCCAUUUCGACGCGCUCGCAGGCCCUGUAAUUCUCAGUGUUGUACUCUUUGUAGCUGUCCUAGCCAAUUUCAUCAUUCGAGCUCGUUCGACGGAGAUUGUAUCUUGA